AUGGUGUCCCCGGUCACUGUGGUGAAGAGUGAGGGACCCAAGCUGGUGCCCUUCUUCAAGGCUACCUGUGUGUAUUUCGUGCUCUGGCUGCCCUUGUCCAGUCCGUCGUGGGUCAGCGCCCUCAUCAAGUGCCUGCCAAUCUUCUGCCUCUGGCUCUUCCUCCUGGCCCAUGGCCUGGGAUUCCUGCUGACCCACCCCAGUGCCACCCGCAUCUUCGUGGGGCUCGUCUUUUCCGCCAUAGGCGAUGCCUUCCUCAUCUGGCAGGACCAGGGUUACUUUCUCCACGGUCUGCUGAUGUUUGCCGUGACCCACAUGCUCUACGCCUCAGCCUUUGGCAUGCGGCCAUUGGCUCUUCGGACAGGUCUGCUGAUGGCAGUACUGGCGGUCCUGUGCUAUGCCGUCUUCUACCCAAGCCUCACGGGUGCCUUCACCUACCUGGUGGGGGUCUAUGUGGCCCUUGUCGGCUUCAUGGGCUGGCGAGCAAUGGCGGGGCUACAUCUGGUCGGGGCAGCCUGGCGCUGGACUGAGCUAGCAGCAGGCGGUGGUGCACUGCUGUUUAUCGUCUCAGACCUGACCAUCGGCCUCGACAAGUUCUGCUUCCCUGUGCCCUACUCGCGGGCGUUCAUCAUGUCCACCUACUACGCCGCCCAGAUGCUCAUCGCCCUGUCAGCUGUCGAGAGCCGGGAACCAGUGGAGGACUACCGACUGAGCAAAGCCAAAUGA